UCUUCAUCGACCCCACCCACCCUCUCCCACUUCCCCUCUUUCUCUCUCUCACCUCGCGCCGCCGCCGCCGCCGCCGCCGGUGAGGCGCGGUGCGCCGCGAGGGGGAUGGACGGCCUCGACGACGAGUGGGACGACGACAAGUUCCUCGCCGAGCUCUUCCGCGCCCAGGACGAGGCCGUCGCCUCCCGCAACCCUAACCCCACUCCCCCUCCCCCUCCUCCUCCUCCCGACCUCAUCUCCUACCUCCCGCCGCCCUCCACCUCAUCGUACCCUUCCUCCUCCGCCGCCGCCGCCGCGCUUCCGCUCUCCUACAUCACCCCCGGGCCCCAUGUCUUCUCCGCCGCCCCUGUUCACUUCUUGCCUCCCCGCGAGCUCUCCCAGCAUCCGCAGGGAUUCGACGUCGGGCUCCGUGACUUCUCCCCUCCGCGCGAGCUCUCGCAGCGCCCGGCGGCGGAGGUGAGCAGCCGCGAGAUCGUCGCGGUGUCGUCGGGCAUCGCCGGUGCUGAUCGCUUCAGAGGGGGCGGGGGCGGGGGCGCGCGGAGGGAGAGGGAUGCCAGGGAGGCGGCUGAUCGGAGGGAGGUCGAGAGGCUCAAGAGGGAGCUGAAUCGUGUCUCGAAGCAAAUGAACGACGUGAAAAACGAAUGCAGUGAGCUGAAGAAAGACAGGACAAGGAAAGACCUUGAAAUCAAGGCUAAAGAAGCAGAGAUUCAAAGUUUGAGAAGGGCAAAUGUGGGUUCUGCUAACAAAUAUGCCGGCAGUAUGGCUAUGGAUAUUGAUCAGUCUGUUCAUGCCCCUGCAAAUGGGGCUUUGCAUACUGGGGAUUCUUGCUUGGCAUCCACGAGAAGAGCAGAGACAUUAAAUGGUAGAAACAAGGAGCUCAGUUCCCCUCAAGACGGUCUCUGUUUGAACCAAAGGAAUCAAACAUAUGCAUCUGAGGUCUUGGAGGAAAGUGUUCGCUUUGAAUCAAAAGGCAGCAAACACAAGGAAAUCAAGACUGUAGGGGUUCAGACAGAUCUUCCAGGGAAUAACGAAUAUCUUGAGCACAAGAAAGUAUUGGUUGACCGUAUCUCUAGCAAUCUGUGUGCAGUGUGGGGCAUGCCAACUAACAGUUUGAUGGGGAGGAGUCUGAUAUCAAAGAUCCUGGUUUCUUGCUCAGAAGAAAUUUUGACACUUGUCCAGUCUACGGGAUCGCUAGACAAGUGUGAAGCCUCUUCUGAAGCGAGCUCAUCGGUCAGAAAUGCUAUUUCCCAAGUAUAUGAUAUCAUCAUAAAGACGAGCAGUGAUACAAUACCUAUACAAACUCUUCUCGAAGCAUUGCUAAAUUUGGCUGCUGUUGGUAAUGAUGCUGUUGUUAGUAGAGCCCUGCGGAUGUUACAUAGUGUCUUGCAGCACUUGCUGAAUAACAGAACGAUGUCUAAUCAGAGGAAUAAUGUUUCUAUUGAGCCAUGUGUUAACAAUACUGUUCACAUGGAGCGGAACAGUCACAAAGUCUGGACUUCACUCUUCACUGCAAUGCUACAAAUUGCGGACAGGCAUUCGGAGGAGAAUAUUCGUGUUGAUGCAUUAUCUAUAAUGAUUAUCAUUGCAAGGACAAGUGAUCCCAAAGUGGAGCGGGAAAAAUUCGGAUUUACUUCUGUAAUGGAAAAAUUGCAUCAACUGUUGCAGAAGGAAAAUGGAUUGCUUGUUAAGAAGCAUUCUGUGGAUCUACUUUUCUUGCUAUUGAAUUGCCCAACGACAUUGAAGUUGCUAUGCAAUGGAGGUAAAGAUAGCCCUGAGCAGAUUGAAGCUAUAAGAUGUGAAAAUGAUAGAUCACAAGAAGCUAUAAGCUCAAUUUUUAAGGACCUAUCUGAAUGCUUGAGUUGUAGGGCAACAAGUUCUCUGGGGAUCAAGCUUUGUCGGGUAGUUGUCACUCUGUUAGCAUAUAUAGCUUCAAGUGGCAAAUUGGGGUAUGAAGUGCUUCUAGGUCCAGUUACUGUCCGUGGUGCCAAUUUCUUGGAGUUGAUCAUGGAAGUCCUUGCGUCACAGAUGGAAUAUGACACAGCCCUUUCAAAUGGAGAACAUGAGCUAUUGAAAGAAAGGUAUUUGCUAAUGAGAGAGGUUCUAAUCCUUCUAAACCGACUAGCUUCGCAUGCUAAUUUUUCAAAGCCAACACUGGAAGUGCUCACAAGCAGCAAGCUCUGUGCAACCUUGACAAUUGAUGUCGCAAAUCAGUUGCCGCAAAGGAGCAAAUACCCAUUGAGACACCUUGGUGAGAUCAACAUCCAGAUGGCGAACGAUCUCGCUGAACUAGCCCAGAAGUUCCGCACGCGAGUACACAGUUUCUUGGAAGAGCAACAUUCAACAGUUGAUCAUUCCAAUCCAAGUGCUUUGCACGAGAGUUGACAGCUUCCAGGAUGUGCAAAAUCCCGACGGCUAACUGUUCUGCCCCCAAUUAGCUGGGUGCAAAUAACAGCUAAAGCAGCUAGGGGGACUAUUUCUCGAGCUAGCGGAGAAAUUUUGUAAUCCCUGUAUUAUUUCUCCCUUUUGGAUAUUUUUGUACUAAUAGGUAGGGCCUUUCCUUUCCUGGGUUUGUUUGGCUUGGCUGGGGCGAGUAAAUAGGUUUUACCUGGUGGUGUACAUAGAGGCUGAUGCUUUCUCGCCAUUUUGGGGCUAUGUAAUUCUACGCAAAGAGAAGGAAAUGUACAAUCAGAUAACCGCAUAGGCUGUUGCAGCUUUUGGUUUGAAUCGAACUGAUAAUCAUAUCCUCAUUUUGCUAUA